ACAGUAUAAAAGAAAGAGGUGAGGGAAAGACAGAGCUAAACACACAUGCACACCAUGUCAUUUGCAAGUUGCAUUCUAUUGUACUAUUUCAAAUUACUGUGUUGUGUAAUACUGUGUAAUAUUAUCUAAAAGAGUACCUGUCUCCAGACUAGUCGCUGCAGCCACAAUGUAUUUUUUCUUUUCUUGGCGACAUUGAGCUUCCAUAGUUUGGACAGGACCGCUGCAUGACGUGAGCAUUUCACAGUGCACACACAAUAUCAAACAGGCAGAGCACUGAGAGGAGGAGCACUCAAUAUUACUCGUCUGGAACCAGUCGACAUCAGACCGGGAUAUUGAUAUCAAACUGCACGGAGCUCAGGAACAUUAUCGCGGAGUAAUCACCUUUGAUUGUCGGAGACUAGAGUUUCGUUUCUCCCUCGCAGAUCAGACAGGACUCAUCAUGGCUACCAUGGACGAGAGUCCGUUUUCUCUUAUAAGUCUGGAGGAUGAGCUGAGCUGCAGCAUCUGUCUGAGUCCCUUUAACUGUCCGGUGACAAUCCCCUGCGGGCACAACUUCUGCCAGGACUGCCUGCUCGCCACCUGGAAGGACUGCUACAGCUGUCCGCAGUGUCGGACCGUCUUCGCAACCAAACCGGAGCUGAAGAAAAACACGGUCCUGAGCACCGUCGUGGAGACCCUCAACUCGAGGUUGACCAAGAGUGGAGCCAGUGUGAUCCCAGAGAAGAGCAAAGCCAAGAAAAAGGAUGUCAUACGUUGUGAUGCAUGCAUGGAGGCAGAAGCGUCCCAAACCUGUCACACCUGUAUGGCCUCUUUCUGUGAGGAGCACCUGCGUCCUCACCAGGAAAACCCUGUUUUCCGCGUCCACCAGCUGACUGCUCCUGUCAGCAACCUGUUGGAGCGGAUCUGCACGGACCACCACAAGCUGAUGGAGUUCUACUGCAGCCAACAUGCCCGAUCAAUCUGCAGCAUCUGCCUCCAGCAAGUUCAUAAAGGAUGCUCCUUCAUCUCCUCUGAGGAUCAGAGGAACCUCAAAGAGUCUGACCUCAGGGGCAAGUUGGGUUUGCUGGAUGGGAAGAUUACAAAGAACGAGACUGUUGUCUCUCAAAUGAGGGACAUGCAGAACAAGUUAAAGGACUCAGCGACCAAAAGAAUGAAGACGUUGUCAGCUGAGUAUGAACAGAUGCGGGUUAUGUUGGCUCGAGAUGAGCGUGAUGCUCUGAUGGCAGUGGAACGUGAGCUGGAGAGUGGUCAGGCCAAACUCAAGGGUCUCAUGAAGAAGUUCACCGAGAACAUUGAUAGCAUGAGCAAAGCUAAAGAAGAUAUCCACAGUCUUCUGAGUCAGUCCCAAACUCUGGGCUUCCUACAGGCUUCAUAUAAUCUUCCCCAAAAUACAAACUUUGACCCAUACACCCCUCGAAUCAACCUGGACUCCAAGAAGGUGAUAGCAUCGCAGGCCUUUGCUGCUGCCCUGAAGGAACAUCUGGCAGAGAUGUUUAACCAGCCCUUCGAGGCCAGACAAGUGAUGCUUAAACCAGAGAAAAGUGCAGUUCCUGUUUCAGGAAGUACUGGAUCUCAGCCAGAAUCUGAACAAUCAGAUCUUCAAUGGCAGAGAAGAAAUCCCAGAUCCCACAGUCCUGGCCGUUCAAUCAUGCAGCCAUUCAUCCGGCCCUGGAAUCCAGUCCAGCAUGCACAGGCUUCUGCUUCAGGAUUUAAACCUUUGAGCCCUGGAACUAUGGGAUUGGAGCCGCAGUGGGGUCUUAUGGCCACACCCCAGGGUUCAGGUUCUCCACCCAAAGCAGUCUCAAAGAAGAAAGUUCAAAAACCUAAAAAGGGACAGAAAUCCACUGAGGACACCAUGGGGAAUGAAAAUCUAUCCAGUUCAAUGGAAAACCUAUUGGAGUUCAAUGGGAAAGAAGCUGAAUCCAGAGAGCAACCAGUUGCAGUGACUUCAGACAUUCCCCCCAACAUAACAUCUUCAGAAAAAAGAGGCGAACUUCUGAAAUAUGCCACAGUACUCACAUUGGAUCAAAAGACGGCCCACAAACGCAUCGCACUGAAUGAAGGCUUCACUAAGGCCUCUGUGUCAGAUGAGCACGAAAACUACCCCGACUCCCCUGAGCGUUUCACUGUCUGCUCCCAGGUGCUCACCUCCAAGGGUUUCUCCAGAGGGCGCCACUACUGGGAAGUGAAAUUGAGCAGCAACAACUUCAUUGGCUUAGGUUUGGCUUACAAGAGCAUUGACCGCAAAGGUCCCACAAGUCGCCUGGGACGCAACGCACAGUCCUGGUGUGUCGAGUGGUUUAACGUCAAGCUGUCAGCUUGGCAUAACAGCAGCGAGACCGUGCUGGUCAAUCCCAAUUCAAAGCGCGUAGGUGUGCUGUUGGAUUGCGAGGAGGGCACUGCUACGUUCUAUAAUGUGGCAGGCAGGGCAUAUCCCUUCCACUCCUUUGUGUUCCCCUUUACUGAAGCGGUGUAUCCAGCUUUCUGGAUUUUCUCAAGUGGCUCGUCCAUUUCUUUGUGCAAGCUGCAGGAUUGAGGAGCAUAUGCACAUAAAUGAUGCAUAUGACAAUGAUUUUCUCCGCUAUAAGUCUUUACUGAUACGUACCCUUUUGUUAGGUCUGCUUUAUACGACUAAAAUGAAGGAAUAGAUGGUGAUUGGUGCUUGAAGAGUUAGCAUGCAUUCAGACAGGGUCAGGUGCUGCGGCAAAAUGUGGCAGGGUUUUGCAGUGUUUGGCUAAGGGCUGAGGUGGGUUGGUGGAGGUGUGUCUAUAUGUGUUGACAUAACCGCUAUGAAACAUUUAGGAAAUAUGUGAUUAACUGGCUUUACUGAGGCAGGCACUCGCUCACUCUCAUUGACUGUCUAUACCUCUUGACCAAAGCUCUUUCUCUUUCAAACAAGCAGACACAAAUUAAACUUUGUGUCUCUAUUUUGCAGCAUGUAUUGUGAGUCAGACAUAGAUUUAGAAGCUGGUUAAAUGAAAUAAACAGAACAGAAGCGGAAGACAACAGGUAGAGUAUCAGGUUUAUUCCAUGAAUCCUGAUACUCUACCUGUUCCUGAUGUCACACUCCGGCUGCCAAUCAGCCGGAGUGUGACGUCUUGGAUCUGGCUCAACUUCCCUGUCGCAUGCCAGAACUUUUUUUUUUUUUUUUACUGACACCCUGGUGGCGUGGACUGCCUGAGCUGAAAUGGACGACUUCCACUCAUGAAUCUAAAAAUUUCAGUUUCUGCCGCAGCACCAGGUCCUGUCUGAAUGCAGCCUUAAAACUGAAAUUGAGGUCAAGAGUUAAUGGCAUAGGUAAUGUCAUUAACUAUGACCACAAAAAAUGACACUGGCUUAUCAAACCAGUGGAAAGGUUUGAUAAGCAAGGUGGAGUAAUUCAAGUCUCUAAUCUGAAUCCCAUGUGAUUGUGACCCACAUACGAGUCCCAGUCAGUUAAAAACAAGAUGAAAAAUAUGUUGCAUUAAUGAAGUGAAGCUGGGAGGAGGGUUGCUGUUUCUGGUCCUCAAUGUUUCUCUAUGAUUAUAACAGAACACACCAUAACACAUACUGUACACUUACCGUACAGUGUGUGUAUGUUAGUGUGUCUCCUGUAUUACUGUGCAGAUUGUUGAUAAGACACUGUAGAAUGGUGGUAAUUGUGACUGGAUAAAGAAGUGUAUUAAUCACUUUACUCUCCAACAUAUGUACUGCGUUUUUGAUAUGAUUGUUUUGGAGUGUGUUGGAGGGAAGCCAUUAAGGUUCUAAGGCUGGGUGAUACGACAUCAAGUUUUUUUUUUUCUUAUUGGUCAAUAUCAAUAUGUGUCAUAAUGUGAAUCAUUUCAGGAGAUUAAGUUUAAUAUUUUACUAUAGUGGAUUCAGGAUUUUAGAUUAAAUUCCACCAGGUGACCUCCAACCAUAAAACAAAACGGAAACAAUUUAACUAUGUAGCCUAUCUACUAAUGAUAGACGCACAUAGACCACCCUUUGCUGGCCCUCGAAAGCUUCCUUUAUGUUUUCUGUCCACCUGUACUGCUUUUGUUACCUAAGCAAUAGCAAAUGUUGUGUUUAACUUAAUAAACCAGCCCCAUUAAAAUGGGUGGUACAUUCUUAGAAGACUGCCAUGUAAUUGGCCAAAAGCAGAUUUGUUCAUACGAUGUGAUUGGCUCUUCAAUUUACAAAUAUAACAGUAUAUAACUGUCUCUUUUUUUUUUUUUAUUGCAGUAGGUUAUCACUUGUAUCACCCAGCCUUAUAUGGUUACUUCCUCAACUCUUUGGCUGACUUCGCUGAUGAGAACUGAAGUCAUAUAGACUAUGUUCUUAUGAAGUUCUUUUUUUUUUUUUUUUUUUAUGGCAUUUUGCCUUUACCGGUGAAGGGAUGACAUGCAGAAAUGGUCCUUGGCUAGAUUUGACCCUGUGAUGUCAUGCUUGCACGGAAUGCCCCAUAGAAAUACAGUGUUAUGCUGUUAUAUAUAUAUCUAUGGUAGGCACAUUAAAACCAACAGGCCAUCAGAAUGCUCUGUUGGCUUGUUGGUACAAAGUUUACUCCGGCCUGUAAGGUGUUGCUGAAGCACGCUGUUUCCUGUUGGGAAUACAUUGGUGGGUGGUCAAUGUGCCUACUGAUCAGUUUAUUCAGAUUUACCAUAAGCAUGCUCACCUUGCAGGUACCACGGUGUGAUAAACUGUAUGGGUGUCAAGCAGUAGAGAUCUGUCUACACAACAUACAGUACAUUAACAGUGAGCCUAAAUACUAACCUCACUGCAUUUAAGGGGGUUCACAAGACACUGUUAUCCAGAGUGACUUAACUGAUAAGCUGGUAAAGGUUCAGAAAUGAUGACUGCUGCAGUGAACUGGUGUUUAAAGUGGAAACAGACAACUUAUUAUUAAGUAAAUGUUGUAACGCAGUGUAAUUCUCUAGAAGAAUAACUGUCCGUCUCUGUUAAGAUCGGUUCUGUAUAAGCCUUGCCUUCACUAUACACAGUUUUAUCCGAAUUUUUCUGGGAACAUGAAGGAUUUUGUUCCAUUUAUAUGACUUGUACAUUGACUAAAUGCAUGAACAAACUUGCAUUUUUUCUUCUAAUGUUUUCUCAACAUUAACAUUACUUUCUACUCUGUCACGACGCCAACCCCUACUGAAGUUCCUUGUUUGUGCAAAAUAAUAAAGAUACUCAAACUGUUAUUACUAUGCAGUGCACAUUGCUACAAUAGCUUUUGCCUGCCCAAAGUACAAUUUCAGUGUACCUUUCCUACUUCUCUCUAGUGUUGAUCAUUUCUUCACGGAGCUAGAAAACACAAACAGAUCCGAUCUUAAGGAACUUGUCUGUUUCCACUUUAAGUGAAAAGAGCGAGGCAUUUCUGCCAAUGCACUUCAGGUAUAAACCUUUAUUUUUAGGUGAUAUACCAAAGUGCAGUAUGUCACUGCAUGUAAAGUCUGAACCUGUACAGUGAAAUCUGCUGUUUUCACUAUUAGCUUAUCAUCACACUGGAAAUUAUGGUUUGAUACAUAUAGCUUUAUGAAACUGUUAACAGCUUUCCUGUACCAUGAGUGUCGAAAUACUGAUUGUUUGCUUUUAUUGCCAACCUCAGAUGACAUAAUGGGUCAGAAUAAAUAAAAGAAACAUUUAUUUCAUGCAACAUUUAGCUUCAUUUCUUAUGGCUGUCUGUUUUUGUAAAAUGGCUUGAAGAUCAUUUUGUUGAUUUUAGUGUUAGUUUGUGCAUUUAAU